GACGGCCCCGAGCCACACGGUCCGGCGCGAGCCAGGCGCCCAGCAGCGCGCAAUUUUAUUUUGGAAAAUGUGAACUGGGCGUCGGUCCCGGUGGAAAUGAACCCACCGCGAGAGGGGGCGGGAGCGGCCGGCAGAGCGGCCGCGGGCUCCUCCCCCGGCGCCUCCGCUAUCUGGGUCAGGACGCGACCGCCGCGGCACGGGACCUUAGGACCCACAGGCUCCGAGGCUCCAGUCCGCCCGCCGCCGCCGGCCAGCAGGUCUCGGUCUCCGCUCCCAGACCGCCGACAGGCCCGCGCAGUGAACACAGUUUUAGAAACCAAAACCAAGAAAUGCCUCAUUCCACGAGCAAAGAACUGAUACUUGGCAUCAUGGUGGGAACUGCUGGAAUCAGCUUGCUGCUCUUGUGGUACCACAAGGUCCGUAAACCUGGGAUAGCAAUGAAUUUACCUAAAUUUCUUUCUCUGGGUAAUACAUUUAAUUCAAUAACUUUGCAAGAUGAAAUACAUAAUGACCAAGGAACAACAGUGAUCUUUCAAGAAAGGCAACUUCAGAUAAUGGAGAAGUUAAAUGAAUUACUGACAAAUAUGGAAGAACUCAAAGAGGAAAUCAGAUUUCUUAAAGAAGCUAUUCCAAAGCUGGAGGAAUAUAUACAAGAUGAACUUGGAGGGAAAGUAACUGUUCAUAAGAUAAGCCCUCAGCACAGAGCAAGAAAAAGAAGGCUCCCCACAAUUCAAAGUUCAGCAACAAGUAAUAGUUCAGAGGAAGCAGAAAGUGAAGGAGGGUAAGUUUCUUUAAGAUGUU